CACAGUCUUUAAUUAUUGUAAUUUUGUAUCUUCUUUUCAUCCCAACUCUUAGGUCCAUUUUCUGAACAGCUUCUUCCACAGGCAGCUCAUGACUAAAGGAUACGACGGUGUUAAGAGAUGGACGAAGCAGGUGGACUUGUUUUCCAAGAGCUUGCUUUUGGUGCCCAUCCACCUGGAGGUUCACUGGUGUCUGGUGACGGCCGACAUCGCAAACAAAAAGAUCUGCCUUUACGACUCUCAGGGGAACGCACUGCAGAAGGUCGCCAGGAACAUCCUGAAAUACUUGAUGGUGGAAGCAAGGGAGAGGAAGCAAACUGAUUUUGAAAGUGGUUGGGCUGUUUCGUACGAUGAGAUAAUCCCACAGCAGACCAAUGAAAAUGACUGCGGAGUUUUUGUCUUGGAGUACUCUAGACGCCUCGCUCUGGAAAAACCUCAGCAGUUUUCACAGAAGGACAUACCAAAGAUACGCAAGAGGAUCUACAAAGAGCUCUGUGACUGUGCGCUCCAUGAACAGGGCUGACCACGAUCAGACAGUUGUGCUUCCUACCCUUUUCACUGAUAAUAUCGGAAAAGGGUAGGAAAUAAGCAGCCCACACUUUGAGGGCCUCAGUAUUCGCCGUACUGCAGCCCUUCAGCGCUGUGAGUGUUGUAAUGUUUUUAUGAUUGCUGUUUUUAUGUGAUCAAUAUUUAUUCAGGCAUGGUAUUCAAGAAGAAAUUAAAGUUCCUGUUAGACCAUGGAUUAGAGUUUAAACAUCUACACUGCAACAACAGAGCCUUAAUGUUCGCCCUGUCUUAUAAAAAAAGAAAGUGUGUUUUCUGAUCAAGAUUCUGUACACUUUAUAAGUGUAAUUGUGCCUCUUUCAGCCGUUAGACACAGGUGACUGAAUGAAGGAUAUGUAUUUUAUUCAUUAAAAAACCCAUUUUUGUUUGUUUUAAUAAUGGAAAUGAAAAGAUCAUACAGUUAAAAUAAAGCACAAUUUUGAAAAAUGUCA